GUACCCGCGAGUGAACACAUUCUCCGGAGGUGAAAGUGGGUCAAGCAGAUCUGUAUGUAUUCUGGAUGGUAAAUUCACCAGAGAGCACAGUUUAAAAACGGUGAAUUCACUCUUGUCGAAUCUGCGUUCGAGACGUUCCUGAACAGUGCCCAGGUUGAAAGGUUAUCGUUGCGAAAACAUGGCGGCUUCCAGCAGGUCUGUGGUGGUACUGAAAGCAGUCAAGAACAUUGUUGUGCAGUUUUGUCCAUUUGAAUCCAAUGUUCGUUCCACACGGGAGUUCCUGGUCAUGGUUGGAUCUGAGAAGGCCAGAUCUACCAAUAUGAACUGUGAGGUGAUGGCAGAAGUGAAACACGACCAGUCUGAACCACUGGUAGACAUUACAUUUAUGGAUGGAGAAAGGCUAAUGAUGAAGGGAGCGAGACUGACCAGCAAGGAGAUGCUGACAGCACUGCAGUCCAGAUCUGUAGCCAAGGACCCCCAGGCCAAAAUUACAGCCAAGAAGUAGUCCAACCCUCCAUAAUAUGUAUGUCUAUGUAUAUUUGUGAAUGUUUAUAAUAAAAUACUUUAUUGAA